AUCACCAUUUCAGUUUCAAUCGAUCUUCGCGCUAGCAAACAUCCCGAAGAUGAAGUUUAUUGCAUUAUUAUCAUUCUUAAUUUUCGCAACGAUCACAAUUUGUUCGGCGGACGAUUCCAAACUUCUGCAAAUUAUCAAUCGCAUGAGGCGCUCCGGCAAGGGGGAUAAAAAUGGUAGUGGUUCUGGCGCCGACAAUCAAAAUCAGGUGAACUUUGGAUUUCCUACGUUCGGCGAUGGCAAUGGAGGUUCGUGGCCCCAGUUUGGACUCCCCCAGCACGGGCAGAGCAAUGGUGGCCAGGUGGCAGGAAGCUGGCCCCAGUUUGGUGGAGGAAACUUCGGCGGUAAUUUACACGGACGUUUCGCCUUCGACAAAUUUCCCGACAUAGAGGGUGGAAAGGGCCAACAAGUGAGUAGUGGAGUGAGUUGCACUUAUAACAAAGAGGGGAAAGAGAAGUGUACCCAUCAUAGAUAUAAUAAGAACAAAAACUAGUGAUCAUAAGGCUUUUAGUCAGUGAUGCGUUGUGUUUAACAUAUUAAAAAUAAACUUUUGAACAAAGGAAAAAUGUAAUAUUACCAGUAAUAGUGAGAAUAAAUCUGGUUGUUAUUUUAA